CCCGCCCCUGCCACCGCCCCGGAACAGCCGCGGGCUCCUCUCCUGCCACCGCCGCCACCGCCAGGACAGCCUGGGGACGUGUCCUUUGGGAUCAGCCACAGCCUGGGGAAGUGUCCUUUGGGGUCAGCCACAGCCCGGGGAAGUGUCCUUUGGGGUCAGCCACCGCCACCAGGACAGCCCGGGGAAGUGUCCUUUGGGAUCAGCCACAGCCCGGGGAAAUGUCCUUUGGGAUCAGCCACAGCCCGGGGAAAUGUCCUUUGGGAUCAGCCACAGCCCGGGGAAAUGUCCUUUGGGAUCAGCCACAGCCCGGGGAAAUGUCCUUUGGGAUCAGCCACAGCCCGGGGAAAUGUCCUUUGGGAUCAGCCACAGCCCGGGGAAAUGUCCUUUGGGAUCAGCCACAGCCCGGGGAAAUGUCCUUUGGGAUCAGCCACAGCCCGGGGAAAUGUCCUUUGGGAUCAGCCACAGCCCGGGGAAAUGUCCUUUGGGAUCAGCCACAGCCCGGGGAAAUGUCCUUUGGGAUCAGCCACAGCCCGGGGAAAUGUCCUUUGGGAUCAGCCACAGCCCGGGGAAAUGUCCUUUGGGAUCAGCCACAGCCCGGGGAAAUGUCCUUUGGGAUCAGCCACAGCCCGGGGAAAUGUCCUUUGGGAUCAGCCACAGCCCGGGGAAAUGUCCUUUGGGAUCAGCCACAGCCCGGGGAAAUGUCCUUUGGGAUCAGCCACAGCCCGGGGAAAUGUCCUUUGGGAUCAGCCACAGCCCGGGGAAAUGUCCUUUGGGAUCAGCCACAGCCCGGGGAAAUGUCCUUUGGGAUCAGCCACAGCCCGGGGAAAUGUCCUUUGGGAUCAGCCACAGCCCGGGGAAAUGUCCUUUGGGAUCAGCCACAGCCCGGGGAAAUGUCCUUUGGGAUCAGCCACAGCCCGGGGAAAUGUCCUUUGGGAUCAGCCACAGCCCGGGGAAAUGUCCUUUGGGAUCAGCCACAGCCCGGGGAAAUGUCCUUUGGGAUCAGCCACAGCCCGGGGAAAUGUCCUUUGGGAUCAGCCACAGCCCGGGGAAAUGUCCUUUGGGAUCAGCCACAGCCCGGGGAAAUGUCCUUUGGGAUCAGCCACAGCCCGGGGAAGUGUCUUUUGGGGUCAGUCACAGCCUGGGGACGUGUCCUUUGGGGUCAGCCACAGCCCCGGGAAAUGUCCUUUGGGGUCAGUCACACCCAGGACAGCCUGGGGACGUGUCCUUUGGGGUCAGUCACAGCCUGGGGAGUGUCCUUUGGGAUCAGCCACAGCCUUGGGAAAUGUCCCUUUGGGAUCAGCCCCCUCUGGGGAUGCUCUGUUCUGCUCUGGGGUACCUGAGCUGAGCCCGAAAGGUGCUCAUUCCCAGGAUAAAAAGUGCUGGUUCCCAGGAAAAAUGGUGCUGAUUCCUGGGACAAAAAGAUGCUCAUUCCCAGGGAAAAAAAAAAGGUGCUCAUUCCCAGGACAGAAGUGCCCAUUCCUGGGAUAAAUGGUGCUCAUUCCCUGGAUAAAAGGUGCUCAUUCCCAGUAAAAAAGGUGCUCAUUCCCAGGAUAAAAGUGCCCAUACCUGGGAUAAAUGGUGCUCAUUCCCAAGAAAAAAAAAGGUGCUGGUUCCCAGGAUAAGAGUUGCUCAUUCCCGGGAUAAGAGUUGCUC